AUGCACUCCUUGAAGAAAUUUGUGCGCAACUUCGAAUGGGAGUCCGAGUACAGCAUCUUUAUGGCCGGACUCAAGGUCAACAGCCAGAAUGCGAAGUUGUACAACAACGUGGGCCACGCCUUGGAGGGACAGGGGGACUAUGCCCGAGCGCUGGAGUACUUCCUCAAGGCCGCCAGUGUGCAGCCUGAUGACAUUGGUGCUCACAUGAAUGUCGGCCGCACAUACAACAACCUGCUGAUGUUUGAAGAAGCGGAGGCUGCCUUUAUCAAGGUGACUGCUUUGCCGGCUCUGGCAGAUCUAUAGAAUAAGAAAGCAGCGUCAAUGGAAUGCACA